AGACAGAUGUGCUCAUGUGCUGCAUGUGAUUAGAUUACUUGAUAGUUUUAGUGAACCAUGUGAGCUGAGCUAGCAUUUCCCUCGAUGUGUCACUUCGUCUCUCCUCCCACUCGCUGCAAGCACUGCCGCGAUGUGACUGUCCGGUGUCAGCCCUGUGCCUGCCUCGGAGCUCCUUUUCAGAGUUGGACAGUGAUGUCAGCUAAGUAUUCACCUCUCUGAAUCCUCCCUUAACAAGCUCUACUGCUGGGCUGUGAUGGCAUUUUCCAGUUGACUUCUUGGCAGCGUCUGGCAGUUCUCCAUUAUUGCCUGGGACUUUUGCACACCUCCAUUCCAGACCUUUGUCUCCAUCAGAGCCAAGUGUUGGUGAAGAAGACUACACUGGAAGAAGCUCAGCAUGACCAUGACUGCUCCUACUCAUUCUUGACUCCCCAGAGAGAAGUUGCUCUUGAAGAAACUGCAAUAUAUGAGCAAGCUUAACUUCCAGUUCUGUCCAGUGUUCUGCAUUGGUGAACCUUUUGAGGGACAUUCUGGGCACAAGUAUCUUCUGUUACAGCUUAUCACUGUACCUGAUGGGGCUGAAGCCACUGCAGUCCUCAGUAGCUUUGAACUGAGUGUUUGGGAUCAGGAUGGGAAGAAACAGCCCCAGAGGGCACCAAGAAGAAUCUGCCAGUGCCUGAGAUAGACUGUCUACACAAGUUGGAUGCUAUUUCCACCUUUGCAUUGUAGCACAUUGGAUUGCCUAAUCAAAGCAUUUAUUGGUGCAAUCUCAGAUAAUCUGACAUUGUUACAGUGUUAUCUGAUGUUGGAUCAAAACAACAUGAUGUUGGAAAAAGCUUAAAUCCCCAAGAAGUGCUGUUUUAUGUCAGGAGAUCUACAUUAGCAGACUCACAGUUGGAAGGGAGUGUUACCAGUCAUUUCACCUCAGGCAGAGUCAUGCCACAAUCUCUGACUGCAUGAGUAUGGCAAUGUACCUGAUGCAUGCAUGGCUCUCAGAAACAAGAAUGUCUUGUUAGGAAAACAAAGGGUGCUGUGGAGGAACUUCUGUCAACAACACGUUCUCUACUCGUGGUGCUCCCACAUCAAUGAUGACUACAGAUCUAUGUUAAAAUCAAGACAUCAGCUGGAUACUGUGCAUUGACCUGAUGGAUGCAUUCUCCAGCAUGAACCAAGAACAGAAAAUGAAAUUAACUCUUUGGGGUGUCUGAUCUGACCUUCUUGUAGGGUUUCACAUGUGACUUCUUUUUCAAGCAGCAAUGAGUGUACUCAGAUAUUGCUUCUUUGUCGUCCUGAUUCUCAGUGUUUCCCUUCCAUUUGUUUUCUAUGCCAUUACUAUACAUGCACAAAAAUCUCUCAGGAGGCUCAAGUUCUCAGUGAGUUCAACUUUAGUAGAAGACUGUAAAGCACUUACUAAAGAUAAGGUGUCUUUUCUGAAGGAAAAUGCUUUAAAAACAUCCUUCGGAGUAUUCAAUUGCACUGAGUACAUCACACAGAAUCACUACAUCACCCGGGUGCUGUCAGCCGAGGAGGCAGCCUUCCCCCUGGCCUACAUCAUCACCCUGCACAAGGAGUUUGAGACCUUCGAGCGGCUCUUCAGGGCAGUCUACAUGCCCCAAAACGUCUACUGCAUCCACGUGGAUGGCAAGGCGCCGGCCGCCUUGCAGCAAGCGGUGCGGCGCCUGGUGGGCUGCUUCCCCAAUGCCUUCCUCUCCUCCCGCACGGAGCGGGUGGUCUAUGGCGGUGUGUCCCGCCUGCGGGCCGACCUGCACUGCAUGAAGGACCUGCUGGCCUCGGCUGUGCCCUGGCGCUACCUGCUCAACGCCUGCGGGCAGGACUUCCCCUUGAAGACCAACUGGGAGAUCAUCCAGCAUCUGAAAGCCUACAGGGGGAAGAACAUCACUCCCGGAGUGCUGCCACCAGCACACGUCACUGCACGCACCAAGUAUGUGCACCGGGAGCAAUUAUAUUCUUUCUUUUCCUUCAUGCUGCCGACAUUUGUACGCAAGGCUCCUCCACCACACAACCUGACCCUCUACUUUGGUUCUGCGUACAUUGCGGUCACCCGGCCCUUUGUAGAGUUUGUGCUGCAGGACCCGCGUGCCAUCGACUUGCUGGCGUGGUCUGAGGACACCUACAGCCCCGAUGAGCACUUCUGGGUGACGCUCAACAGGAUCCCAGGUGUCCCUGGGUCCAUGCCUAAUGCAUCGUGGGAAGGUGACCUGAAAGCAGUGAAGUGGAUUGAUAUGGAAGACGUCCAUGGAGGUUGUCACGGCCAUUAUGUCAGAGGCAUUUGUGUAUAUGGAACAGGUGACCUCAAGUGGCUUUUAAACUCCACCUGUAUGUUCGCAAAUAAGUUUGAGCUCAGAACAUACCCGCUGACUGUGGAGUGCCUGGAGCUGAGACAUCGAAAGAGAACCUUGGCACAGAGUGAAGUUCAGGUGGAACCAAACUGGUAUUUCUAGCUAGUGAAAACCCAGGAUGUAUCAACGAAAGUGGUCGGAAUUGCACCAGAAAUCUAAUUUCUGUUUUGCUGGAAGAACACAUUCAUCCAACAGGUUUCUUUAGGAUGUGCAAUAGUUGCAGCUCAGGUCAGCUUGUCUCACUUUGUCUGCAAAUCUAUCUUUUCACUUCACAUUUGGAGACCAAAAUGUGGGAGAUUCCAAAAAGAAGCAAGUGGGCACAGCUCUUUUUACAGCUGCCCUGUAAACUUUUGCAGUUUUAAUGGCCUGUUGCCCAGCCCUAACUUUUUCUUGCUAUACUGACAUUGCUGCCUGUUUCUAUAAAAAUGUAUAUAGAAUCAGGCAUCCUUGGGGCUUCUCAUUACCUUGAAGACAAGCGGUGUGCAUUGGUAAGCAGAAGGAUAACAAGUCACAGUGAAUGAGACCUUAAAAAGAGGAACACAAUUGGUGGCCAUGCAUGCAGCUGCCGUUUGGUCAAAGAUACAGAAACUUAGCUCACCAGGGAAGUACUGGGAAUGGGAGAAAGGUGCUGAACUGCUGUUCUAAAGUCUGUUCUUUAAACAUCUGUUGGUUCAAGGUUUGUAGGAGUAUAGCACCUUUUGCUAUGCAAAUGGUUGUAGAUAAAAAGAUCUGAUAGGCUUUCAGGCACAAGAGCUCUUUAUGAAAAGUGAAGUCUUAUUUGUUUCACUUGGCCAACUAAUAGAGCUGGAAACCGACUGACACACAGAUUUUGGCCUGCCAGUGUCCUCAGAUCAUCAUAUGUAAGGACACAAAGGGAGGGGGAGGGCAGUGAAAAGGGAUGCCAGGACUGAAAGAUGAGUAGUUGAGCUUUGGUACUAAGUCUGUAACUUUGUGUCGUGUUUUGAUAGGGGCUGAGCCUCCUUCCCAAGCUUUUGAGUGGUUAAUAGGUGUGGGUGACGUUGAGCUUCAUAGCCCUAUUUUUGUUUCCCGAUUGCAGCCACCAGAGGGAGGCAGUCAAAUAGCUGAGCUGAUACUCAUUCCUAAGCCUACCUAGCCCUUCAGCAUGCAGUCUCCGAAGCAGAAUUGAAUGGUUCUUCCUGCAGUGAUGACAGGCUGUAUUCCUGGGGUUAUUUUAGCACGUUGAAUGACCCAGCUAGCAGCAUGGUGGAGCACCUUGGCUCAAGCAGUGGGUCCUGAACAGCAUCUAUUCCCAGCUUCGUUAAACCACCGCUAACUUCCGUGUCCUUUUCUUUUCCUGACUCGCCGCCAUUUACAGCGUCGCUUCCUUUUUUUUUUUUUUUUG